ACGGUUUUCCCGGAUGUGGGUGCGUCGGUCAGCUGUUUAAUACAUAAAUUGUCACUACGAGACGAAAAUAUUGGAUUGAGUGGCGCUGUUGUAUUAUAAAACAUGUGUUUGUUGCUAUUUUUGAAGUCAUUUAAGCAGCUUUGAUUGAUUAGACCAAUAAAACGCUUUGGAUGUUUGAUCGAGAUGUGCGCGGUUACCGUAAGAUGUGAUUUGUUUGCAGAAUGAUUAGUUUACGUUACGGUACAGAGAUUUAUGUUACUGAGACGCCCUCUCCGCUCUCAGGCUACAGAUACAGUAAAUGAGUAAAGAAUGAAAAACGUUAAAGAGCUAACGUUAGCCGUCACUCGGAGCUGUUGUGCUGGAGCUGUGGAUGAGCCUCAAAGAUGUGUCAGGUUAGUGUAGUUUUCGUGUAAAGAGAAGGCAGUGCAGGUAAUGUUGGCUCAGAUGUGGCGGAUCAGCUCGGGUUCCUGACACCAGUAACUGAGCAGGAGUGACAGAAGGAGGCUCCCCUCUCAUGGAUGUCUGCAGUAAGAACUCCAAUCGCACAGCCCCAGUGAGUGAGGGGGUACCCAGGAGAGCUGAUGUGCCCCUGUGCUCUCGGGCCAAUGGUUGGAGCUGGCCCCUGCACCCUUUCCAGCUCCUGGCCUGGCUGCUUUAUCUCUACUUUGCUGUCACUGGCUUUGGUGUAUUUGUGCCUUUGCUCCCCACACACUGGAUCCCAGCCGGAUAUAUUUGUACAAGCAUUACAUUUAUCUGUCACCUCUUCAUGCACCUGAUGGCCGUCUCCAUCGACCCUGCAGAUUAUAAUGUCAGAGCUAGGAGUUAUAAGGGACCCAUGCCGGUGUUUGACCACACCAAACAUGCACACGUCAUCGAGAACUGUCACUGCUACCUCUGUGAAGUAGAUGUGGGGCCUAAAUCAAAACACUGUAGUGCAUGUAAUAAGUGUGUGGCAAGCUUUGACCACCACUGUCGAUGGCUGAACAAUUGUGUGGGCAGCAGAAACUACUGGCUUUUUUUCAAUAGUGUGAUCUCUGCUGUCCUGGGGAUUGUUUUGGUUGUAGUUAUUGCUAGUUAUGUUUUUAUAGAGUUCUUUUUGGACCCAUCGAAACUUCGUUCCGACAAGCACUUUCAGCAGGUAAGGAAUGAGUCUGUGGUGUGGUUUGUGUUUCUACCGGUGGCUCCAGUCACCACAGCUGGUCCAGCCAUUCCCGCUCUAGCAGGAGUCACCAUUGCUCUGGGCCUACUGUCUGCACUUAUGCUGGGACACUUACUCUGCUUCCACAUAUACCUCAUGUGGAACAGACUUAGCACAUAUGAGUAUAUUGUGCGACAGCGGCAUCGGCAAGAGGCCAAGGAUUCCAGAAAGCCCCCUCCAGAGCAUGAAUCUGGGGUUCCCAAGAUUAAUCUAAUCAAGCAGCAGGUCAGUUAUGGCGGGACACUCGGCUACACCAACCCUAAGAUGGAGGUAGAGGAUCCAACCGCCAUGAGCUCCCAAGAAGGAUCUGUGCGUUACGGCAACGGCCGGGUCAGAGGCUCGUCUGAGCACAUGGGUGAAGAAGAGCUCCUCCCUGCUGUCCUAACAGAGAACAAAGCAUCUCCUCACCCUCACAAACACACACAGAAAAAAAAGAGGAAAGUGCGCAAACUUGCAAAUGAGGUAAACAGUGACAGGUCUAUUGAUACCAACACCACCAAAGGCAUGCCAAAGACUUCUGCUGAGCAGGUGCUCUUGAUAUUGGUGAAUCAGAGUGUGAGUUACCUUUGUGAUUUGUGUCUGCGCUUUACACAAAUAGAGUCCUCUGUAGCUGCCACCACUGUGACCUCCUCUCUUGGUCAACGCUUACCCUUCCCAGCAUUCCCCCUGCGGGCCUCCCUCCCCCCUCUUGCACCCGUGCAAGCUGCUGGUCCCCCUGCUGAGUAUCAUUCUGACUCUGCAGAAUCUCUGGAGGAGAUCCCUGUAGCAAUGGCACGGCUUGGCAGCGCAGCCCUGGCCAGAACUACUAAUGCUGCUAUGUCUGCCACCAGCUAUUCCUCUUCUCUCCAGUGUGCUUUGCCUUCCUCAGCAGCUGGACAAGCUUUACCCUCCCCUCAGCCCAGGACCAAGAGGAAAGCAGCCGUUUGUAAAGCUGCAGAGCAGAGGUUUGAGAUGGUAUCCCAUAAUCCGUCUAUGUUCGUGAGUCGAGAAAGCGGAGAGCCUGUCAUGCCCCUAAAGGGCAUUAUCACAGAGGAAAGUCCGCGUGUGGCGAAAUGCAAACAGACAGGCAAAAGAAAUAUGGAGGACACUAAACCCAGCACCAAUGUAAGAACCCUGCUUGCGUAGUGACUACUACAGAGAAGCAUCACCACUAGUCAGGACUCAUGGGGCAUGUGGUCGGCCUUGUUCCUCCGUUAAAAAACUUGAGCUGUUUUAGUAAAAUGAGAUUAAAACUGAUGUAGCACUCAGAACCUGAUGCAACCUAUGCAAAACACCACCGAAUGUCAGCAGUGAGAAUUUAGUGUGUCGUUGGUCAAAGUUACAUUUAGAUGUUUGACAGUUGGUCAUCAGAUUCACUUUUUAAGUCAUGAAGUUGAUUGUGGAUGGAAGCCUUGGACUUGAGCCCUCAACUCAAUAUGAAUUUUUUGAGGAAUCCACGACACUAUAUAAAUUAUAAACUAACUUAUUUAACCUUUCAUUAAUUUCAGUACCUUUCACUAUGACUUUGCUGAAUCAUUUCACAAAUAUGUUUUUUUUAAUACUUAAUGCAGUGCUGCCCUUCUUAACUAUUUAUUUAUAUGCAUUAAAUGCCAAAGUUUUAGUUUUCUGUGAAGAAUCAAACGUCCAUUAAUUUUUUUUUUUUUUUUUUUUAUCCAUAUCUGUUCAUUGUAGUUUUUAGUUACCUAUUUAAAAUUAUUGUUGUAAUUAAUUGUUGCAUUUCCUUUUUGUUGUUUUUAUAAGCUUUUAUAUGUCUGGUUGUUUGAAUCGGGUCCAGUUUUCUUUGGGUGAACUUGAGUUACAGUAUGCACUAUCGAGACAACCCAGUUACACAGUUGUUUAUGUGUACCCAAACAUUCUUGGUACAUGAUGUUUUGGGUAGAGGGAGUGGCUGAAUGAUGGCCUGAUGGGAAAGCAAUAUGAAAAUGUAUAUUAUUAUUUUAUUAUUAUUUUUUUACAAAAUAGUAUUCCUACACACUUUUUUUUUUUUUUUUUAAUGUUAUAUAAACACUAAAAAAUCAAUGAUGCAUUUUUGUAAAUUUCUCUCAAAACCAUCUUUAAUAAAUAUUACAUUUUUAAUACACAAUACAUUCCACACAGUGUGCAGUAUUUUGUACAUUUAGAUCAUCUGGAUAUUCCAGGCAUGUGGAAAAUGUGCAAAUCAUAUGCAGUAUAUAUACUGCAGAGACAUUAUGAAUAGUACAAUAGUAUGCCAUUCUGAACUCAGCCAGAGUAAUCAUUGUCAUCCCUGUACCAUUUAUCUUAUUAACCUUGAUUUCUCCUCCUCAAUAAAAAGAGCACAUGUAGCAUUG